AUGUCCGUGCAAUCAACAACCGUUCUCCUGGCUUUUUAUCUUGUCACCAAGAUCGAAGACUGGACGUACACUAAUAUAAUGAAUUAUUAUCAAGAGAAAAAUGGCGAAAAGAAAACGAAGAAAUUGCUGGAUCGUAUAAACAAAGAUCUAAAAGUAAUAACAAAUCCUGGUUCUCAAUUUGAUAAAUCACGUAAAGACAAGGCUGAAGAAAUCCUUCGUAACUGGAAGGAAUGGAAAUCAUCAUCAAACAAAUUAGAUAUGUGUUUGAAUAUUCGACGUUUUCAUGUAGAACAGCUUGCAACCGGAGAUUCUGCAACCCAUAUCACCAAUAAUCAUUGUCGAGAUAUAAAAGUUGCACGCAAUAUGGCACAAGGAAUUGAAGAAGAUGGUAGAACUACUAUGACGAAUACCAAUACGGAGCUG